CGCCGGAAUCGUUUUGUAGCACGUAACGAGACCUGUCAGUUGCAGUGAGUAGUAAAAGCUUAAUAGUGCAGUAAGAUAUCGUACUCGGGCAAGGCAAAGAUGGCGUCGAAGCAGGAGAGGGAGGAGCUCGACCGCAGGGCCAGGCAGGGGGAGACAGUCGUGCCCGGUGGCACCGGCGGCAAGAGCCUCGAGGCUCAGGAGCACCUUGCUGAAGGGAGGAGCCGUGGGGGGCAGACAAGGAGGGAGCAGCUGGGACCCGAGGGAUACCAGGAGAUGGGCCGCAAGGGAGGGCUGAGCACCGGCGAUGAGUCCGGAGGGGAGCGGGCUGCCCGGGAGGGCAUUGAUUUCGACGAGUCCAAGUACAGGAACAAGACUUAACGCACGCAUCUAGUAUGCGCGUGCCUCUCACUAGCUAGUUGGGCACCUGACUUGUAAGUGUGUGUACAUAGGCUGUUGUUUCCGUGUGUUCUGUCGACCAGGUUUUUCGCGGAUGGGUCAAGAGUGGUCUUAAUCUGAGUUUGGUUUAGCAUGUGUCGUCCUUUUGUUUUUCCCUGGUCGUGCCGAGAGGGGGCUCGUCACUCGUGUCGUCCGAAGGGUUCCUAGUCUUGUGCCUUCUCAGUUUGGGUCGUGUAAUGGAGGAACUUAAUGUACGAGUAUAAGAAGUUUCUGUGUUUUCCAUUGUCA